GCUGACAGCGCAGUGGAGCGUGGAAGACGAGGAGGAGGCGGCAAGAGAACGGCGACGGCGGGAGCGGGAGAAGCAGCUGAGGUCCCAGGCAGAAGAGGGCUUGAACGGCACCAGCUCCUGCUCGGAGAGUGCAUGUCCAGCUCAGGAAAACCACUAUGACUUUAAGCCAUCCGGGACUUCAGAGCUGGAGGAGGAUGAAGGGUUCAGUGACUGGUCCCAGAAGCUGGAGCAGCGCAAGCAGAGGUCUCCACAACAGUCAUAUGAAGAAGAGGACAGUGGUGUGAGGGAAGCUGAAGUCAAACUGGAGCAGAUCCAGCUGGAUCGGGAAAGCCUGGAGGAGAUCCAGGAGGAGAAUGUGGUUACUGGAGAGGAAGAGAGGCUGUUCCAAGAGGAAGAACUGGUCCAAGAGCAGGAGGAAGAGGAGAGAGCUGAGCAAGAGGAAAAGAAGAGAAGGAGAAAUGAAGAAGAAGAAGAAACACCAGAAAAACGCCAGAAGGCUCCAAGCCCCAUCAGCUUGGAAGAGGAGGAGCUGUGCUCUGACCACACCACAGUGUGCUCCACCAAGGUUGGUGUUUUUGGGGCUCCUCUGGAGGUGAUGGCACCUAUCGCCAUAGGACACCUCAGUGAUG